CCUGUGGCUGUGGCUGUGGCUGUGGCUUGUGAUUUUUUUUUUGCUGAUCUUUUCUUUUUUUCGUUUUUUGUUUUUCUCCGUUACCGUUUUUGUUUGUCUCUCUCGCCGGCUGGACUCGUGUCUGCGCCCCCUUGCAGCAUCACGCACUCUCCAUGCUCUAUUUGCUUUCCGCCGCUCGCUUGUCUCCCUCGCGGCGUGCGUUUUCACUGCUGCGCUGCAGUCGAACGGGAAAAAAAAAAGCAUAAUGAAUCAACCCAAUACAAACAUGAAGGUCGCUGUCGCCCUCCUUGCUCUCGCCGCUGUCGCCACCGCCAUCCCCCUCAACAUGGAGUUUGAGGCGUGGAAGCGCACUUUUGGCAAGUCUUACUCUGACGCUGUCGAGGAGAUCAACCGCCGUGCCGUCUGGGAGGCCAACAAGAUGCUUGUUGACGCCCACAACGGUGCUGGCAUCCACUCGUACACUCUUGGCAUGAACAUCUUCGCUGACCUCACCCACGAGGAGUUCAAGCGCUUCUACCUCGGCACCAAGGUCGACCUCAACCGCCCCCGCUCCAACUUCUCGUCCACCUUCAUCCCCACUGCCAACGUCGGUGCCCUCCCCGACUCUGUUGACUGGCGCACUGCUGGCAUCGUCACCCCCGUCAAGGACCAGGGCCAGUGCGGCUCCUGCUGGUCGUUCUCCACCACCGGCUCCGUCGAGGGCCAGCACGCCCGCAAGACUGGCCAGCUCGUCUCGCUCUCUGAGCAGAACCUCGUUGACUGCUCCAAGGCUCAGGGCAACCAGGGCUGCAACGGUGGUCUGAUGGACGAUGCUUUCCAGUACAUCAUCACCAACAAGGGCAUUGACACUGAGGCCUCGUACCCCUACACUGCCAAGGACGGCACUUGCAAGUUCAACGCUGCCAACGUCGGUGCUACCCUCUCCUCCUUCCAGGACAUCACCCGCGGCUCUGAGUCUGACCUCCAGAACGCUGUUGCCACCGUCGGCCCCGUCUCGGUCGCCAUCGAUGCCUCCAAGAACUCGUUCCAGCUCUACACCUCUGGCGUCUACAACGAGAAGAAGUGCUCGUCCACCUCCCUCGACCACGGUGUCCUCGCUGCCGGCUAUGGCACCUCCAACGGCACCCCCUACUGGCUCGUCAAGAACUCCUGGGGCUCGUCCUGGGGCCAGGCUGGCUACAUCUGGAUGUCCCGCAACGCCAACAACCAGUGCGGCAUUGCCACCUCCGCCUCGUACCCCAUCGUCUAAGCGUUGUUCCAUCGCUUAUUCGGCAAGCACUCGUUAGUUGAGUUUUUGCUUGUUUCUCUUUUUGCUCUGGAGAUGACGAACUGGCUGUCUUUGUCUGUUUUGUUGUUUUUUUUUUGAUGCAAAUAGAGUACUUUUUUUCAAA